AUGGCUCUUAAAUUUGGUAAAUCCAAGGAACCAUCUACCAUACCAUUGACACUUUCCAAGGUUUAUCAAGCUCUUUUGGGAAUCGGUGUUGCCCAUCCGUUGAAUAACGGUGAAGUCGUUAAAAACACCACUUCGAUUGCUGUUGCUACCCAUGAAAGCUUUAAAACUAUAACUUCUGUUGCUCCUCCAGUUUAUUAUACUGGCAAAUCUUAA